AUGAAGGACGAUCUGGAACGGGUUGCACUCGAGAUCGAGCGCUUUGCGCUUACUUGGUCCGAGAUUUCGGACGAGCAAGAGCGAUGGGUUGGGUACUUGGCACGCCGUGCAGAAGAUCUGGACUCGGACUCGAAAGUUGCGGAUGAAUCGGAUCUGACCUUCCACAAUGAGAUCGCGGGGAUGUGGGAUGCCAUCAUGAGUAUCCGACACACCACCCUUCAGAGGUUGAAUGCAGCAGGUAGACGUGACUUUACAGAGUUAUAG